AUGUUACCCUUUUUAUAAAAGGAGAGAUCUAAUUCAUUCAAUGUUAGAAAACCAACAGAAAGAAAUUCAAUCCAUGCUGAUAUAUCUCCAUUAGGUGAAGGAAGAGGAAUAUUAAUCAUAUUGAUUUUGAAUAAUGAAGAAUUUGUUGCUGAGUUUAUUCAAAAUCCUCGUUACCUUUAAUUUCUUAAAUAUAAAGAGUUUUUAAAUGAGAUACAAAUCAAAUAAUUUAUAGUAUAUUUAUAGGAAUAAUUGAUUUAAUCAUAAAGUAAGACAUAUACUUAUCAUUAUUGUACAUUUUCAUAAUAAUAAAAAAAAAUUGAUUUAAUGAAUACUUCAAGUAGAGAGACUUAUGAAGUAUUAUUUGAAUUUGCUGAAAGAAUUAAUAAAGAGAAAUAAUUUAAUUAUGCUUUUGGCGUUGACUUUAAUAUGAUACAUAAAAGCAAAUUUAAAAAUAUAUUGUUUUUGAGUGACAUAAGAAUAGAUUUAUAAAUAAUGGAAUACUUUUAACCAUAAAAAAUAACAAGAGUAAGAACAUUUUCUCAUCAAAGUGUAAAUUAAACAUCAAAAGAAUAAUCAGAAAUAUUAGACAUAGAAAAUAAAUAUUAAUAAUUAGCAUCUAAUAAAAGAAACAAAGAAAUUAAAUAAUAUCUAAAAGAAUAAAAUAAAUUAAAAUAAGAAACAAAAAAUAAAGAUUAAUUAAUGAUUAAGAAAAUUAUGUAAACUGAAAAGAUUGAACCAUAAAAAUAGUAAACAGAAUUACCAUAAAUAUGUGAAUAGGUAUUUUUAAGAUUUUAAUUAAUUUUUGGAAUUAAGGAUAUUCAUUUGGAUAGAGAUUUAUUUUCAUAAUUUCUAUUAUUAUGUGAAAUGACUAUUUUAUAUACUAAAAAUAAAUUACUUUAAGUUUCAAUCCAUAAAAUUGAAGUAAGUAAGAGAUUAGAAGUACUUUUAAAAUAAUUAUUUUUUGAUUAUAAAAUUCUUAAAUCUAUGAAUAUCAAAUUAUAAUAAUUGAACCCAUCUUUAACAAGAUGUCUAUUAAGAUUUUUAAAAUAAGGAUUGGAAUAUGAUAGAUAAAAUAGAUUAUUUUGGAAUGAUUUUCUAAGAUUUAAAUAAUAUUACAUAGAUAGGAUUUGGGUAGUCUCUGAUUUUAGAUUAUUUUUAAUGCUUUUGAAUGAUGAAAAUUAAGCACUUACAUCUAAAAUUAUUAAAGCUUAACCCCAAAAUAUUUAAAGAACCAUUUUAAAUCUUGAACCUGAUGCCUUAUAAAAUAUUGUUUACUCCUUAAUUUUUUGA